UCUUUGGGUCUUCACCAACCAAGUGUUGGGAUGUGUAAAUUGUCUGAAAAGGGAUACUUUUCCGUAAUUUGGAUUGUGGUUGUUGGGGAGAAACGUCAGGAUGGAGGGCGCUGUUGCCACUGACAAAAAACAAGCUUCAACGACUUAAGAACAGAGGAGAGAUCCGAAAACAGAGAAUCAAGCCAUUACAGCUCACCACCAACAAAGCUUUCCAACGCUAGAAACCUUCUAAAUCUCUAAACGACAACAAUAAUUUUGAUGGAAGGAUUGUCAAUUUCACGAAUCAUCCCGAUUCAAGUUUCGUGUAAACGGCAUUGCUCUGCUUUUCUCCCUACAUUUUCCUUGCAUUUACGGAAAAACUUGAGUAGAGGUCAAGUUUGGAUGAUGAAACGUCCUAAGUCAUUGGAUCCGAUUGCUGCUUCAGUUCAACCAUUAGAAGCCUCAUCUAUUGGCCACUUUGAUAAUAAGCAGCCUUCCAAAGAGGUUCUUGAGCUGUGGAGAAGCGCUGAUGCAGUGUGCUUUGAUGUGGAUAGCACAGUCUGCAUAGAUGAGGGCAUUGAUGAACUUGCAGAAUUUUGUGGGGCUGGAAAGGCUGUUGCAGAAUGGACUGCUAGGAUUUCUCCUGGCAUAGAAGAAUUAGUCAAGAAGCUGAAGGCUAGGAAUAUCAAUGUUUAUCUAAUCUCUGGAGGCUUCCGCCAAAUGAUUAAUCCUGUUGCAUCAAUCCUUGGCAUUCCACAAGAAAAUAUUUUUGCCAAUCAACUGCUCUUUGGAAGUUCUGGGGAGUUUCUGGGUUUUGAUGCAAAUGAGCCUACUUCAAGAAGUGGAGGAAAAGCUGCCGCUGUUCAACAAAUAAGAAAGGUUAAGGGACAUAAAGCAUUAGUCAUGAUUGGUGAUGGUGCUACUGAUCUUGAGGCGCGUAAACCAGGAGGUGCUGACUUGUUUAUUUGCUACGCCGGUGUUCAACUCCGGGUGGCUGUUGCAGCAAAAGCUAAUUGGUUGGUCUCUAGUUUCAGAGAUCUUAUAAAUGCCUUGGAGUAGCUUCUUUACUUCCUGAUUUCUUUGCCAUUUUUCCCCUUCUGUUACAAGUUUCGUGCACCUCUGUAUUACGCAUGCAUUUCUCGUGUUAUCGCAACAUUUGCUAUUUUUUUUUUUGCGACAGCUUAACUGUAUAAAACUCAAAAAGGAAAAUGAAUGAAGAGUGAUUGUUGGUUCAUGCUUUUUUACAUUGUAUAAAU